AACUAUGGCGAGAAAGGUUUUGAAGAGCUCGAACGUAUGAUAAAUGAUAACGUAGCACAAAGUGUAUGUAUUGCUUAUUCGGAAAAAGUGAAAAGUCUGGCAGAUCCUGCUGAAUUUGAUAAAAUUCUCAAUUCACUAAGGAGUCAAAAGUCGGUACCACAAGUGGUUGUAUGCUUUUGCGAGGGCCGUACUAUGCAUAUGAUGUUCAAAGCGCAGCAACGCCUACGGCAGCAAUUCCCGAAAAUGCGACCAUUUCAGUGGAUCUGCAGUGAUGGAUGGAAUGACAGGCUGGAUGUGGUGGAAGGAGUCGAGCUCGAAGCGGCCGGAAGCUUCUCCAUCAGGUUCGAAACGUUUUGA